CGAUAAGCUAAAUGAAAUGAGAGUUUUCUUGAUUGUCGGUGUGUCAGUGUUGUUUUGAAUGCUUUUCCUGAUUUUCUUGUUUUAACGUCAACAUUCAAGGUUUUAGUUAGUUAUUCAAAGACUGGAUAAAAAAAGUGCUUCAUCCAAGAAAAACGAGCUUAGAAAUUGAAAGAGAAAUCUUCGAAAAAUCACAGAUUUUGCAUGCAUAUUAUAGCGCUUAACAACUUUGGUUUAUAAAAAUUUGCAAGUUGCAUGUAUGUUUGAAAGAGAGACAUUACAAAAAUAUGGCAAAGGAGUAUUCACCUAGAGAUUUAGAAAAAUAUGCUCAAGCGCUUCAAAAAGCAAUAAAUAGCAAUGAAACUCCCGUCAAACAAAAACAUGUACGUUCAGCAAUUAUUGGUACUUUCCAUACACAAAGUGCUAAAAUAUUUUGGGCCUACGCUUUACGCUUACCAGCUAUGGAUGACAGGAUUGUAGCAUGGAAAUUAUGUCAUGUCAUUCACAAAGUGCUACGAGAAGGACAUCCAUUGUGUUUAGUCGACAGUCAGAGACAUAAAAACGAUUUAGAUGAAAUAGGUAAACUAUGGGGGCAUUUGAAAGAAGGUUACGGAAAAAUGAUCCGUUUAUACACUUAUUUGUUGAUAAACAAGCUGGAAUUUCACAUGAGAAAUCCACGAUUUCCUGGGCAUUUGGGUGUAACAGCUGAAGAAUUGGAAUCGAUAGCUGGAAAUGAUAUAAAUAACUAUUUUGAAAUGACUGUUGAAAUGUUUGAUUAUUUGGAUCACAUUUUAGAUUUACAAGAGGCAGUGUUUAGCUCGCUGAAUAUGGCUAGAUCCAAUUCAAUGACAAGUGCAGGACAGUGUCGACUUUCCCCUCUAAUACCCUGUAUACAGGAUGCAUCAAAAUUGUAUGAUUACUGUGUAAAGAUUAUGUUUAAACUACAUAUGACGUUACCGCCCGAUACGUUAUCUGGACACAGGGAAAGAUUUUUGAAGCAAUUUAGGUCAUUGAAGAAAUUUUAUGAAAGCACCAGUAAUAUGCAGUAUUUUAAGGAUCUUAUAGCGAUCCCACCUUUACCAGAGAAUCCUCCAAAUUUUCUAAUAAUGGGCGAUUUUAGAACAUAUGUAACACAAGAAGUGGUGGUUCCACAAGAACCAGAACAUGAAGAAGAACCUUUAAGCGAAGCAAACUUGAUUGAUACUACAGAAGAGAGUUCAUCAGAAAUCGAUAGUAUACAAGCACGUAAUGAUGCUGUGAUUUCAGCACUUCAAGAAGAAAUGAUGAAAGAAAGAAAAAUGUUAAGAUCACAGCGGGAAUUAAUACGGCAACAAUUAACUGAUAUGAUGGCCAAAAAUGAAAUAGAAGUAACAAAAUUACAAAAUAGAAUAGUGGAAUUAGAGACUGAACUUGCAACCAAAGAAAGCGAACUAUUACAAGAACGCCAAGUAAAAGAAGAUUUAUUACAUCAGUCAUUUACUGUGGCUCAGACACAAGAUUCUGAACAAAAAGUGAAAAAUGAAAAAUUCGACAAACUUAAAGAACUUUAUGUUAAAUUGAGAGAUGAACACAUUCAAAAAAUUAGAGAGAAAGCUGAAGUAGAGAAAAAAUUAGUAAGUGCCAUUAAAAGUAUACAGCGAUUGACUGAAUUAGAAUUGCUAAAUGAAGAAUUACAAGAAGAUGCCAAACAAAAAUCUACCGAGCUCUCUGCAUUGCAAAAGGAUAAACAACUUUUUGUUAUGGAAACAGAAAUACUCAAAAAAAGUGUGAUGGAUGCAUGUCGUGAAAGAGAUGAUGUCAAAAAUGAAUUAGCUAUGAUAGUUCAAGAAAAAGAUGAGUUUAAAAAAACAUCUGACGAAUUAUCUUACAAAUUGUUGGAUUUGGAACGUCAAUUAACUAAAGAACAGAACCAGUCGCAAAAUAGUUUGAAAGAUAUUGUGUUGAAAUUGUUAGAAAAUCUUAAAGAUCUGAUUAGACAUGCUAUUCAUGAAGUUGACAAUCCCGCUUUAACAGCAGUUACCUGCUCAUCAGAUUAUUUUAGGGGUUUAACAGAAGGAUGUAUAAGUUCUUUAGAUGAUUGUUCAAACAUUGCAGAAGAGGAUUAUGCUAGUAUUAUCACUGUUGCAAACAAACUUGUUCAUAGGCUUACGUAUUAUAUAUUACAAGGAAAAGCUGUUUCCAAUACAAGUCCUGAUAUCUCAUUUGGAGAAAAGGUAGCAGAAGCAUGUAAAGAAUUGGGUGAAAUAAUUUUAAAAGUUAUUGAUGUUUUAAAACUGAACGAAAAUACAGAAGAAGUAGUCAAAGAAGCCAAAGACAAAUUAGAAGAAUUAAAUUCGUUAGCUGAUAAUAUAGGUAUAUCUAUUCUUGGAGAAAAAGCAGAAAAUCUAGUUGAUAUGCUUGAAAGUGAAAUGAUAGCAAUGGACAAGGCCAUUGAAGAAGCGGCCAAUCGAAUUCAGGACAUGUUGACUAAUUCAAGGGCUGCCGAUUCUGGUAUAAAAUUAGAAGUAAAUGAAAAGAUAUUAGAUUCUUGUACCACAUUGAUGCAAGCUAUUAGAAUCUUGGUUCAAAAAUCGAAAUUAUUACAAGCCGAAAUUGUUGCUCAAGGCCGGGGGACGGCAAGUGCAAAAGAGUUUUACAAAAGGAAUCAUCAAUGGACUGAUGGAUUUAUAUCAGCUGCUAAAGCAGUAGCACUUGCAGCAAAAUUUUUAUUAAUGGCUGCAGAUAAAGUUGUUCAAUCAAAUGGAAAAUUAGAACAGUUAGUAGUAGCGGCUCAAGAAAUUGCAGCAUCCACAGCUCAAUUAGUUGUAGCCAGUCGAGUUAAAGCAGACAGAAAUAGUCAAAAUUUACAGCAACUGACUCAAGCAUCUAAAAGUGUUACCACAGCGACAGGAGCUGUUCUAGCUACUGUUAAAGAUUGUAGUCAACUUAUCGACGAAUCAGAAGAUCUGGAUGUUUCAAACUUGACUCUCCAUCAAGCUAAGCGACUUGAAAUGGAUUCACAAGUUAGAGUACUCGAAUUAGAAAAAGAAUUGGAACAGGAACGCUAUAGAUUCUCCAGACUCAGAAAACAUCAUUAUCAACUGGCAGGAGAAAGUGAGGCGUGAAUCGACCUCUCUAUUGACUUUUACAAUAAUUUUUAUCCAAAUAUUUAUUAAAUAAAAUAUUAGGACAUCCACUAUGAAUAAAAAACCUUCUUAUGUUUAUAAUGUACUGAGUUUAGAAUCCCGUGUAACAUAUUGGUUAACAUUUUAUGAUUCUUUUGGUUAUUACUUAAAGUUUUUAUUAAAAAAAUUGGUAUUCAAAUGAAGGGUAUAAACAAAGUUCGUCAAUCACAAUUUUAUGUCAAAAAUACAGCUAUGGAUUUCCCAUAUACCUAAAUUUUUUUUGUGGUUUCAAAUUUAAGAUUUCAUUGCUUGGAUUAAGUAGUAAGAAAUUGGUUUUUUAUAAUAUACAAAUUCAGUUUUCAUAUUCAUUCUAAAUAUCAUAGGAUUAGAAGUUACAUUUGAAAAAAAAAAUAA